AUGGGGGAGUCUGGGGCGACGGCGGGUGUGACGAUUGUUGAUCCUGGUACACCAACAACUGCAUUGGCCUUCUCGAAUCUACUAGUGAACCUCUCACUGUUGGCUCUUCUGUCACUCGCCGUGGCAGCUGGUAACAGCUCUACUGCCUCUGGACAGAUCCUCCUAAAUUGUGGAGCAUCAAACAAAAACGAUGAUGAUAGUGGGCGUACUUGGGACGUGGACACCGCCUCCAAGUUUGCGCCAUCAGUGAAAGGAGUCGCAGCCACUGCUUCAUAUCAAGAUCCUUCGCUCCCCUCCAAGGUCCCUUUUAUGACUGCCCGCGUCUUCACUUCGAAUUACACAUAUUCCUUCCCUGUCAGCUCAGGCCGAAUGUUCUUACGCCUCUACUUCUAUCCGAUUGCUUAUGGAAACUAUGUUGUCUCCGACGCCUACUUCAGUAUCACGACAAGAAAUCUUGUCCUCUUAAAUGAGUUCAAUGCUUCUCAAACAGCUCUAGCCAUCAAUUCUGCCUACUUUGUCCGUGAAUUCUCGGUCAAUGUUUCUACAGGUAGCCUAGACCUCACCUUUGCCCCAUCAGCACAUCAUAAUGGUUCUUAUGCAUUUGUGAAUGGCAUUGAGAUUGUGCCCACGCCUGACAUCUUCACAGCAGCAGACACAAGAUUUAUCAACGGUGAUAGCCCAGCUCCAUUCUCAUUCAGCCCCAACACAGGCUUCCAGACUAUGUACAGGCUCAAUGUCGGGGGCCAAGCCAUUUCCCGGAGAGAUGAUUCGGAUUUUUACCGCUCAUGGGACAAUGAUUCUCCAUACAUAUUUGGUGGCUCUGGGGUGACCUUCUCUAAAGAUGCUAAUUUGACUAUUGAGUAUACAUCCGAAGUGCCAAAGUACACCGCGCCAGUUGGUGUCUAUGAUACAGCUCGAUCGAUGGGACCAACUGCACAGAUCAACCUCAACUACAACCUCACAUGGAUUUUACCAGUUGAUGCAGGGUUCUCUUACCUCCUAAGGUUCCAUUUCUGUGAAAUCCAGUAUCCUAUUACCAAGGUGAAUCAGAGAUCAUUCCUCAUCUACAUAAACAACCAGACCGCGCAGGAGCAAAUGGAUAUCAUCGUCUGGAGUGGAGGAAUCGGCAGAACAACAUACACAGACUAUGUUAUCAUUACUGCUGGUUCCGGUCAGGUGGAAAUAUGGAUUGCACUUCACCCUGAUCUUUCAAGUAGACCUGAAUACUUUGAUGCAAUACUGAAUGGUCUUGAGGUCUUCAAGCUUCAGGUUUACGGACCAAACAAUCUUGCUGGGCUCAAUCCUCCACUUCCGCCAAAGCCUGAUGCCAAUCCUAGCGGGGCGUCUGGUGCAAGGAAAUCAAAGGGUGCUGCCGGGGCUGCUAUAGGUGGAGCUGUUGGUGGUUUCGCAGUGCUCUUGAUCACAUGUUUUGGCAUUUGUGUCAUCUGCAGACGAAAGAAUAAGAUAUCAAAGGAUCCUGGUACAUCUGAAGAAUCGCAGUGGACUCCUCUCGCUGAUUACAGCAGAACACGAUCAAGCACAUCAGGAAUUACAGCCACCACCGGGAACGACACAUCAAUACUGCCUUCCAAUCUUUGUCGCCACUUCUCAUUUUCUGAAGUUCAGGCUGCCACCAACAAUUUUGAUCAAGCCUUCCUACUUGGCAAAGGUGGGUUUGAGAAUGUCUAUAUGGGAGAGAUAGACAGUGGCACCAAGGUGGCAAUCAAGCGUUGCAACCCAAUGUCUGAGCAGGGUGUUCAUGAGUUCCAGACAGAGAUCGAGAUGCUGUCCAAGCUCCGCCACCGCCACCUUGUGUCCCUGAUUGGCUACUGUGAGGAUAGGAGUGAGAUGAUUCUGGUUUAUGACUACAUGUCACAUGGAACUCUGCGGGGGCACUUGUACAACACCAAGAAUCCACCACUCUCAUGGAAGCAGCGCCUUGAGAUCUGUAUUGGUGCUGCCCGCGGACUGUACUACCUGCACACGGGCGUAAAGGAAACCAUCAUCCACCGCGAUGUCAAGACGACCAAUAUUUUGCUGGAUGAUAAGUUGGUUGCUAAGGUUUCCGACUUUGGGCUGUCCAAGACAGGUCCGAAUGUGGACAACACCCAUGUGAGCACGGUUGUGAAGGGCAGCUUCGGAUACCUUGACCCUGAGUACUUCCGUAGGCAACAGCUGUCCGAGAAAUCUGAUGUCUACUCCUUCGGAGUUGUGUUGUUUGAGGUCCUGUGUGCACGCCCUGCCUUGAGCCCCUCGCUUCCAAAAGAGCAAGUGAGCCUGGCCGAUUGGGCAUUGCGCUGCCAGAAGAAAGGCAUGCUCGGCCAGAUCAUUGACCCGUGGCUCCAAGGGAAAAUCACUCCCCCGUGCUUCAUAAAAUUUGCCGAGACAGCAGAGAAAUGUGUGGCUGAUCACAGCAUCAACAGGCCGUCUAUGGGUGACGUCCUCUGGAGCCUUGAGUUUGCACUCCAGCUGCAGGAAAGUGAUGAGGACAAUAGCAGCUUCAUAGAGGAAACAUCAUCAUCAGGUGCAUCACCUCUUCUCGUGACCAGGAUGCAGUCAGACGAACCAUCGACAGGCACAUCUACUACCACAACAACGACGAUGAGCAUCACUGGCCGGAGCAUCGCGAGUGUGGAGUCAGAUGGGCUCACGCCAAGCACCAUAUUCUCACAACUCAUGCAUCCAGAUGGCAGGUGAAAUUGCAAGCUUGGAUUGCAUUCCUUGUGCACAUUCAUGCAUGGUGUAUCCCAGUGCGUCUUCAUCAUUGUAUAAUGGCUAAUGAAAGUUCAUACUACUUAUGUGAAUCUUGCUACUUGAGCAAUUGAGUGCGCUUUGUACAUCAUCCUUACCAGACAUAAAUAUCGCUGUAACUGUAUAGAUGUCGCUAAGGUAUUAGAGCUAUGGUUUUUUACGUCCUGGUCAAUCUGAAUUUUGUGUGAAUGUAAGCUAAGGCCUUAAGGGUCUCUUUUGGCCGAUCGGUAAGGAUAUUUUAACUUGGAGCAUUGGAAACAAA